UGAGGGAAAAAUCACAUGCCAAUCACAUGUAAUCGGACCUUACUCUGUUCUUCAAGCAGCAUAACUGGGUCAGGGAAGUUUUACAGUGCUGCUGUCCCAACCCCCAGAUCUGUGAUGUCCUCCAGCCGUCAGAUCCGUGUGUUCCCCUCGCCAGCGGAGCUUGCUCUCUCACUGUCACAGCUCCUGGUACAUGAAUCUAGGGGCAAAAAUAGCUUCCAUCUGGGCUUAUCGGGUGGAAGCUUGGUUCAGCUGCUAAGCCGGGAAUUACCCAAAACUGCAGGGCUCAAUACAGAAGGGUGGAAAGUAGCUAUGUGCGAUGAAAGGCUGGUCCCAUUUACUGACCCGGAGAGCACAUAUGGAGAGUACCAGCGUCACCUUGUUCCUCUUGGCCUCCUGUCGGAGUCACAGUUCAUCACCAUUGAUCCCUCUCUGUCUGUGGAAGAUGCAGCUGCUGAUUAUACUAAGAAGUUAGAGAAGAUCUUUCCAGGGACUGAACUUCCAGCCUUUGACAUGCUGAUUUUAGGAGUGGGCCCAGAUGGACACACAGCUUCUCUGUUCCCCGGCCACCCGCUGUUGGAGGUGACAGACCAAGUUGUGGCUCCUAUUAGUGAUUCUCCCAAGCCACCACCCAAGCGAAUCACUCUGACUCUCCCAGUGAUUAAUGCAGCUAAAACUGUGGUAUUUGUGACCACUGGAGAGAGUAAAGCAGCAGUUUUAAAACGUAUCCUCCAGGUAGAGGAGUCUGAUCCAUUGCCAGCUGCACGAGUCUCCCCAUCGAAUGGUAAAUUGCUCUGGUUCCUCGAUGAAUCUGCGGCUCGGGAUUUGACGUGUCCUGUAGAGAAACACUCUGUCCUGUAAUGUCUCCAAGAGCACAGCAUCCGGAGUGGGUUCAGAACCAGAGUCCGGAGAUCCCCACACCACAUCCUUGGGUCAACCAGGGCCACAGGCAGAAGCAGAGAGCUGGACAGAGCAGAGCUACAGGUCACAGUCAAGCCAAGGACAAGACCGCCAAUGGGAUGAAGAGACAUAACAAAAAAGUACUGGUUGUUCUGAACUUAUAAAUGUAUAAUGGGCACAGUGACUUUCUGGACCAAAGACUGAACUUGAACAAAAGCCACGGAUACAUAGACAGUCACCUAAGCCACAGAUGGAGCUGGAUCAGAACCAAGAUGGAGGACCAUGAAAAUAAAGACAGGUAUCCAGAGAUGAACCCACAGAACCAUAGCCAGAUCCUCAGACCUAUCGGCACACAGAACCGAAGACAACAUCAUGGGCAGAACAUCAAGCGUGCAGAUCUGCCCUGCAUAUCCUCCCCCUCUAUAUUCUUGACUCUGCCCACUGUACCCUUCAAAAUCUGUCCCCCUCUCACAUCUGCCUUCCGCUAGGAUCUGCUCCUCCAUGUUAGAUGAUCCAAAAUAUGUUAAAUGAUUUGCACAUUCUUAACGUAUCACAUGAAUGAACAGUAAUAAAAUAAUUAUUUGAUUGAA